AUGUAUACUCCCCUUGCCAGCCUCCUCGUCCUCACCACCGCGCUGCCGGCGGCGCAAGCCAUCUUGGUCAACGAAAACUCGCCUUGUCUGACAAAGUGCGGCAAUGUCAUCGAUUCCACGUCCCAAACUGAUAUAGCAUGCGGCGAUGACAGUUUUGGCGCUGGUGACAGCCAAAUAUUCAAGGGAUGCGUCGAGUGCGAGGUCAACAGCCACUUUGUCAGCCCCAAUAACCAGACCGAUGUUACUGCAGCCCUAUAUAACAUGCGGUAUGCUCUUUCAUCAUGCCUCUUUGGCGUCCCAGCAAAAGACCACAUGCUCAGCAGCAACCCUUGCGUUACCAGCAAGGCUUGCGCAAACUUCAUGAACGCCACCAUCUUUGACAAGGUGGCCCCCAAAGAUCAUGGGUACGAGUACUGUAGCCUCUGGCCUACUGGUAACGACGACGAUUUCCGCGGCUGCAGAGACUGCCUGGCGGCCGAUCACCGCAUCAUUUCCAAUUUCGUGGUUAUGCUGCAUGCCGGCUGCCUCCAGAAGCCAGAGUUAGGAGUUUCUGUUGGUGUUGACGGUGAUCCUUUCUCUAAAAAUACCCUUACCAUCACAACUCCAACGCCGAUAGCCACGGUUGAUCCCGCCUGGUUCGACAACGGUCCCCUCAACCUCAAUGCCAAGGUGGGCAUUGCAGUCGGUUCUUUUGUGCUCCUUCUCAUUAUUUCGGGUAUAUUCAUCGUCUGGAAUGGGAAGAGAAGACGCCGAGCCUACCUUCGCAAACUGGAAGCAAUCUACACGCCAAACAAGGGCUGGCCAGCGCCCCAGAGCCCCGGAGGCGGCAUGUUUGAGACACCAGUUAGCCAGAGACCGCUGAAUAGUGGAUGGGCCGACUCUCCCAUGACUGAGCCGGCCGAGAGGCCGUUCCCGCGCUACGUCUCACCAUACUCGUCUCAGUAUAAUAGCCCGACCAGCGCGACCGACGUGGCCUCCAUGCCCUGGCCCAGUGCCGCCCUGCCCAGAGACCAUCAAAUUGGAAUGGCUCAUGGUGGUGAUGUCCACGAUUGGGAAGGAGAUAAGGGCAAGGCGGCCGCCGAGUCUUACGAGCUGCACGAAGUGACUGGCAGUGCUGGCGGUGCGUCCGAGCCUCGCCAUUUCGAUGAUGCUCCCGUGUUGGGCCAUCCAGGGUAUGGCCGAAAUUCUGCCAGUCCUACUAAACGCUCGUUGAACGAGCAGGAUUUCAGGAACGGACAUGCCAUCUGA